GGAAGAGACGGUGACUGUGAGAGACUGUCUAUGAGAAAAGGAGCAUCUCGAUAGCUGAAAGAUAUGGCCUCUGCCAGUGCAUCACUCAGUGAGACAGUCCCACUGGAGAAACAUCUAACAUGCUCCAUCUGCCUGGAUCCAUUUGUGGAUCCUGUCACUACAGAUUGUGGCCACUCCUUCUGUGAGGAAUGUCUGCGCUGCAAUUUAAAUUACAAUGACAGGAUGUGCCCUCUUUGCAAGCAGCCUCUGAGCAAAACCCCAGGUGUGAACAUCGUCCUGAGAAACAUUGUUCAACAGUUUAAAAAGACCCCAGAGAAAAAUGAUGAUAAGUUCACUGGGGCACCUGGUGAGGUGGCCUGCGACAUUUGUACAGAACAAACGCUGAAGGCCAAGAAGUCCUGUCUUGUGUGCCUUGCCUCGUAUUGUUCGACCCACCUGGAAAAUCAUUUAUCAACUGAAAGGUUGAAGGGUCACAAGCUGCUGGAACCUGUGGAGAACCUUGAUGAGAGGGCCUGCCUGACUCACGGACGCCCCCUGGAGCUGUACAGCAAAAAGCAGCAGAAAUGCAUUUGUGUACGCUGUAUGGAAGAUGGUCAGGAGGAGGUUGUCUCCACUGAAGAUGAAUGGGACAAGAAGAAGACUAAGCUUGAGAGCAGUAAGACAGCGUUACAACAGAAAAUAAACAAGAGAAUGUUGAAGGUGGAUGAGAUUAAUACGUCUCUACAGAGCUGCAAGGACCAGCUGGAGGAUGAGUGGUGGGAUAUUGAGGGUGUUUUCACAGCUGUGAUUGCCAUUGUGGAGGAAGCCCAUGCGAGAGCUCUUCAGCCACUAAAGGAAAGGAGGGAGGUUUUGGAGAAAGAGGCAAAAGAUCUCAUAGACGAGUUGGAAGCAGAGAUCAACAGACUGGAGAAGACCAUCUCUGAGCUGGAUGAUAUAUCUGCACUCGAGGAUCACAUCCUUUUUCUGCAGCGAUACCCAUCUCUACAAGAUGUGAACAACAUCAAAGACUGGACAGAGGUGGAUCUUGACACAUCACUAUCUUUUGGAACCAUGAGAAAAACUACAACAACCAUGAUGGAAAAAAUUCAACAGGAACUGGAGAAGCUGACCCCUAUUGAACUUACGAGAAUUCCAAAGUUUGCAGUGGAUGUAAAGCUUGACCCAACUACCGCUCACCAACGCCUUGAUCUUUCUGAUGAUGGGAAGGAAGUGAAAGAUGGUGGAGAGGACCACAAAGCAGAUGAUACUCCAGAGAGGUUUGAUCUGUUUGGCAGUGUCCUGGGUCUCAACAGGUUGACAUCUGGGAAGUCUUACUGGGACGUGGACGUCAGCAACAAGACCGGUUGGGAUCUCGGCGUAGCAAGAGGUGACGCCAACCGCAAGGGGAAACUCUUGCUGAAUCCAGAAAAUGGUUACUGGGUUGCUGUACAUUAUGAAGGGGAAAAGUACGCAGCCCUGACAGAUCCACCAGUUCGUCUUAACUUGAAAGAGAAACCUCAGAAGGUGGGGGUGUUUGUGGACUAUGAGGAAGGACUUGUGUCCUUCUACGAUGUAACGGCUCAAUCGCACAUCUACUCAUUUACUGAGUGUUCAUUCACUGAUGAGCUCUUCCCAUAUCUCAGUCCACAUGUAAAGAAAGAUGAUGAAAACUCCGAUCCUCUGAUUAUCUCUGCUGUGAAACACUGUGAGGAGGUCAUGGACGAGUCAUGAAGGAUGUAUGUGUUUGUGUUCCAGUUUUAUUAGGGGAGGUUAAGAAAUGUUGGCAGUCAAAAACAAAGUUGUGUUUAGUAGAAUGUAAAUGGGGAAUUUGUGGAAAAUCUUGCUCUUAGAGGCUUGGUGGAUUUGAAAGAAAUGAACAACAGCAAAGUGGUGGAGAAUUCGUAGAAUUACAAUUAGUAGAGUUAAUUGCAAAGGUCUCAGUGGAAUAUAUAGAAAAAGCGUUGGGGAGUAAUAAUGCUACAUGUAACAACAAUACAUGUACUAGUUUAACUUUUUAAUAUUAUAUAUUAUAUUAUUAUAAUAAUGUAAUAUUGUUAACAGCAACCUAUUUUUGCCAUUAAUCAGCAGGGUAACACAACCAAAGGCUGUGGUGUAACUAAUUAUACCACCAAAUAAUGACUGUGUUUUUUAAAAUUUCUUAACUGUUUCUUCAAUGUAUUCAAAGUUACCCUGUGGAGUUUUUGACCACUACUAGCACUAUGGAGCAAUGUUUUUAUGCAUAGUUGCCUGUUUUGUUCAUGGGUGACACAAUACACACUUCUACCAAUGGUUUUACAUGAUUUCACCUAUUAACACGCCAAAAAACAAACAAAACAAACUCCCAAAACCCAGCAUUCGAAAGAUAGGAAAGAAGAAGACUGCUAGCUAGCAAACAUAGACGUAAACAGAUGUAACCAAUCCAAGUUUCAGAAUUGUCAAAAUAAUGCAAAUGUUUAAACUACUUUAAACUACUUUUUUAUGUGUAUUUAAAUGCAGUGUUGCUGUAGUUGGCUUUCUUUGAAUGAAUCUGGCUUAGGUAGAUAAAGAAAAGCAAAAUAUAGUGAGAAGGAGAAGAAAAAGGAGAGGCUGUACCAGUUUAACUCAUGGUUUGGUCCAUUUCACAUUUCAAUAUCAUAGCACAAAGCUAAGCUGAUGUUAUGUGCAGUUUAAUAUACCUUGUGCAGGGAUUUAGACCUAAGUUGACCAUAACUAUGCCAACAACUGCCAGCAAAUUAUAAAUGUCUUUUGUCUAUAGUCAUGGUAAAAACUAUGUAGAGUAACAGGUUGAACUUGUGUUAUGAUCUAACAUGUGAACUCUUGUAUGGUCUCAUGCUAUGAUUGGGACACAGAAGCCCCAUCAUAGCGAAUAUAGCAUUUUUCCAAAGUUACACUAUAAUAAAUGAGAACUUAGUGGUUACAACAGACUUACACAAUGGUGGGUGAAGGAUGUGCAGUGUGUAACAUGACUUAUAUGGGAACUUGAGUAAUUUUAGCACAUUUGGCAUCAUCAGCACAUUUCUCUUGGUGAUGGGAGGAAAAUCAACUUAUUCUAUACUGGGCAUGUAAUGUCAAAUGUGUGUUUGCAGUCUACAUACAGUGUAGCCUGAUUAUUUAGUAAAUGUAACAUAUUUGUUCUUUUCAAAGCUUCAAAAUCUAAAUCCAA